AAUUCAUCAAUCGACGAGCUCGGCUCGGAGCUCACGUGCACCCAACGAAGACGUCAAAGACCGGUAGGUAGAUAGGUGGCAGCCACAGCAGCAGCAGCAACAAAGGCAACAACAACAACAACAAAGACAGCUGUGGCGACAGCCCGUGCGCCCCCAGGCGUUUGGGGAGGGAGACAGACAGAACGCCGCCGAUGCCUCGAGCCUUUUAUUCUGUUUUUGUCUUGUCUUUAUUUUCGGCAGAUACUUUGCAUAAUCUCCCGCACGACGACACCAGACACCAAACGGCAGAUACCAAACGGCAGAUACCAGAUACGCCAGCUAGCAGGCACCACCCGCCCGUCCAUCGCGUCCAUCGGUUGGUCUCCUCCUUGAACACCAAUCAGCGCAGAGCAGAGAGCAUUUCGGCCGUGGUCUCUUCUGGUAUAUAAAUUGGGGAGGCAUCCGUACUUCUUCCGUCAGUUAAUGCCACAGAUCGGACCGAUCCAGAGAUCAAUCAAACAUCAAACAUCAAAUAUCGAACAGCAUGUCGUCGAAAUUCGACUUCUUCCUCGCAGCUCUACUCGUCUGUGCAAUGUGCAGCAGCUUGGCCGCGGGACGACCCACGGAAAAGCCCUCCCGCCACCAGCUCGAGGACGUCUACUGGAGCACGGGGGCGGUGCACGACGAGCGGCUGGCCGAUGCGGAGCACGACAGUGCCUACGAGCUGUUCAAGCUGAGGUCGUCCAAGCCGACGACCCCGAACAGCAUCGCGAAUCCAUAGACAUAGACUCUUGGACCUUUUCUUGGAUGUUUUCUGCUUCUUUUUUUUCCGGUUACAUAGAUUUCGUGUUAAUUAUGGUUAUGGCUAUGUGUUUGGACUUAAAUUUAAAUAUAUGAAUAAUAAAAAGA